AUGGCUCAGCGACGUCGCCGGCCUGCUGGGCCGGUAGUCAGUGCUGUUGCCGGAAGGCCUCAGGCGUCGACUACGCUCUUCUACGACUGGGCAUCGUCGGAUGAGAGACGAGCGUUCCACUUCUUCCAACACGUCACGGCCCCCAGCCUCUCGGGAGGCCUUGACGACGCCUUUUGGCGGGUGCUGGUGCUGCAGAUAUGCCAGGCCGAGCCCGCCGUCAGGCACGCCGUCCUUGCCGUCAGCAGCCUGCACGAGGGCAUGGUGCAGGCCACCAUGAUGGCGCCGUACGCCAACACCGAGGACCGGAGCUCGUUCGCCCUGUAUCAGUACAACUGGGCCAUUGCGUGUUUGCUGGGCCAGAUGCGCACCGUCGAUGCCAGGCCACUGGUGCCCCUUCUGACGUGUGUGCUCUUUGUGUGCAUCGAGCUCAUGCAGAGCAAGGACAGGGAGUCACUUCUGCACCUUGAACAAGGCCGCCAAAUCCUGAACCAGCUGGGCCGCAAGGAACCUCCGCGGAGUGCCGAAAUCGAUCUCAUCAAGCAGCACCUGGUACCAAUGUACACGCGGCUGAGCUUGACGUCGCUGAUGUUCGGCGGCGAGCCCGUGGAGAUACCGACGCCGCUCAAGACGCUGACCGAGGUGCCCAUGGUGUUCGAGACGAUCGAUGAGGUCCGCUACGCCCUGUACGACUUCAUGGAUGAAUGCCUCCGGUUCGCGAAGAAGACGCAUUCGGCCAAGCUUGGCAGCAUCCCUGCCGAGGAAAUGCGGGCGUUUGAGAAGGAGCAAGCAUACCUGCUGAGGAAGCUCGCCAAGUUCAACGUCGCCUUCUCCCUGUAUCGCUCAACAAGCUCCCGCGACGCUCCGCCAGGGUCCAUCGCCUUGAUCCAAAUCCACGCACACACGACCUUCAUCUGGGUCUCCACGGCGCUCAGUCAGCGUGAGACGGUCUUCGACGACUACGUCGACACCUUCUCGGCCAUUAUCCCCCUCGCGACUGAUUUCAUCAACUCCCUCGGCACCCCUCAGACGACCUCGGAACAGAGUAGGCCUACGGCCAACACGCGCCGCUUUACCGCCGCUUUUACUUUUGAGAUACACAUCAUCGCGCCGCUGUACUUUGUGGCGGCUAAGUGCAGGCACCCGAUAAUCCGACGUGCCGCGCUAGAUCUCCUCCGCCGCAGCCCAGCGCGACGUGAAAACCUGUGGCGGGCCAACGUCAUGGCGACUAUUGCGGAACGAACGAUGCGGCUGGAAGAGAAGCACUUGCGCGACGCGAACAGCCAGCCCCAGUCGCGACAUCCCUCGCCGCCCGAGAUCCCCAUGCUAUUCUCGGGCUCUUUGGGGCACGAAGACGACCCCUGGCUUAUUGGGCCGCCGGAGGCGACGUUCCCGGACGUCUUUGGCGGAGUUCACCUUGGCUCAUUAGAAGGAGCCGCCAGCAACAAGCUGCGGCUAGGCAGCCUCGAGGCUUGUGAGGCGCCAGUGACAUCCUCGUGUUCAAAUUCAUCAACGACGGGCAGCGCGGAUGUGGCAAGCCUAGGCGAUCUCGCCGGGCAUCUCCCGAUCGAUCCGACGUUGUUCUUCGAUCCCACCGAGGGGUCGACGGCGCACUCAUUCAGCGCCGCACCAUCCAUUGCUUCCUCGAUCGACGACCUCGGCGUGCCGGCGGCGAUAUCCACACCAUACCUCGGCGCCUCCGUCGAUGCGCCGUCACCGACCGACCUCUGGAGCGGCGCUCACUCGCACCAGCCAGCACCACCAGGCAUCGCCCUCGAACCGCCCACGCCGCUGGACGCCUCGAACAACCCCUUCAUCAUGCCGCCGCAUCCGCAUCCGCGUCAUUCCCACUCACAACCGCAAUCUCGCUCUCACUCGCGACAGCCGUCGCGUUCGGGAGGGCCGUCGUCUGUGGGCUCAGACGGAUCUUCCCCGCCCCUGCACCCGAUGGGCAGCCUGCACGAAUUGGGGCAGAGCCCGACGCUCCAUGCUACCGGCAUGCCCGGCUUCCAACAAGCGCAAUACCACCCCACGCUGGGCGUUAGCGCGGGCCAGCUGAGCCCGACGACGGGGAAGCGCAGCGCGGACGCGCCCUUUGACGUGCCCGAGCGGUUCCGGGGACGUCAGCUUUCCGCGGGACAAGCCCGUCGUGGUUGUCUUCCUGCGGCACUGCGGGUGUCCUUGAUCGUCCAAGUUGGAGGCGAGUGGGAAGUUCAGGUGAUAAUCGACGAAGCACGCGACCUGUACCACGCCUGGGGCCUGGGCAUCGGCUCGACGUGGUACACGAUGAACCCGAAGGCGCUGUGGAGCGCCUGGAAGCUGGGCACGGAAGAAGGGAUCUGGAACCGCGCGGCAGACAGCGGCAGCCGGUGGCAGGUGGGCGGAGCGUUUGCCGUGGACGCUGGCGGAUUCGUCAGGUGGGUGAGGCCCUCGGCCAGCGCGGACGACGUGCCGGAUUUUCAGGAGGCGCUGAAGGCGUUGGCGGGCCACUGGGGGAUGGCUUAGCAUGGUACCGAGUGCUGCAGCCAGUUUGAAUAUUUCCACUUUUCCCCCUUUCUCUUUCUUCACCCAGGCUUGGUUGCAGGCUGGAACAGGCGCACUGGAAGAGGGUUGCAUGAUCAGGUGCUCGGCGUGUCUCAUUCCCUCGUCGUUUUAUUUUGCGCGUCUGUCCGAGGACAGCAAGUUGAAAGAAGAAUAACCAGCAAAAAUUCUCCGCGAAUGCC